AUGACUAUGAAAACGAUAAAAAAUAAAUAUGAUGAUGAUGAAUAUAAUCAUGAAUCUUACUAUAGAAAAAAAAGAUUACUAUUUUGGAGAAGAAGAAUGAUGAGAAGAUGUAUGAUGUUUGGAUGUGGAUAUGGAUAUGGAUACGGAUAUGGUGGUUAUUAUCCAUUCUUCUCUUCUGGCUACUAUCCUAUGGUUUAUUCAUCAAGUUAUAUAAUGUAUGGCCGUUGA